AUGGAGCCGAAUGAUCAAGACUACCCUACUCCCCUCACCCGAUAUGGAAUGAUUGAGUCCAGGGAGCGGCUGGAAAAGGCUGGACUUCACCCAGAAGUGACGGGAAGGACACUCAAGGCACUGGAAGAGGAGUUUACGAGUUACCAAAGGAAAAAGGUCAACCGUCCAAGUCGAAAAUUUUAUCUGAAGCGUCAGCGACACAGAAUGAUUGGAGCUGAUGCUUCGGGAACUGAACGAAGAGGUCGCUCUGGCAAGCCUCGCUCCCUUGCCGGGCAACGUGGCCAUGAGUCUGUUAGGUUCUUUGGCCCCCUGACUAGGGGGCCCUGGUAUCCCACAGAGUGGCUCGACAAGAUUGUCUCAGAGGCAGCGAUGAAGACUAUUUCUUCUGAAGCGGACACGAACGGCCAUAAAGAGCCACCCACGAUGGAAUCAAUCAUGAAUCACAGUCACUUGGGGGCCAAGAUUCUCAACGACGUCUUUGCCCAAGGCCACAGAACUGUCAUAAACUUGGCGCUGACCUCGACCAAGAUGUUGAAACUAGUCACCGAAAACAUAAAUCGAUGGGACUUUGAUUCUGGCUCGUACAGAGUCAAGAGUCCAUCUAACGUCUUUGUCGCCAUGGUUCCCACUCGAUAUACCGGUGAGAUCAAAGAAGCACUUUCCAAGUACAACUUCCCGGUCAGAUCUUCUGAGUGGAACGCAACGCUUCAAAGGCUAGAGUCCCAAGGACACCCAGACGGCCAAAAGCUGCGAGCGAUUGGAGCAGAAUAUGAGUUCUUCCAAAAGGCGAAGAGAUUUCGCCGGCAGUGUCUGCGCAAGAAGGGACCCUACUGGGCUAUGGAAGAUACGGAGAUUGAUCCUCGAACCGCACCGAGUGCCGUGAAAUGGUGGCGCGCCGACAAGGAGGCCAUCAACAUCAUGGGGUCCUUAAUGGCUCUCAAGACCAUGUGGUCGGCCAAUCAGUUCGAAGGGGACGGUAACAGAAAGUACCAGCUGCCACUCAGCAUGGCGAUGGAAGGCUUGCACAAGCUAAUGACGGAGAUGCACACUGUCAGCACCUACAUUGAAGUGGUGCACCUGCACGAUGUGCCGCUGCUUGACCGCCGCAUGCUUGCCGUGAUGUUGCGUGGCAUGCCUCAUGUCGUUCAGGUGGGCGUAUACAGAUGCCGCCUUGUCCACUUUGGCGACGUGAUUCCUGUUCUAGACCUCAUCUAUGAGAUCAACGCCGGUCGACGGGAGAAGAAGAUGCCGGCAAUCAAGGGGUUGGACUUCUACCCCAAUUUCGAGGACGGCAUGCCGUAUGAGCACCAACAUGCGGCGACCUACGGCCUCACCUGGGGCCCCCUGCCAAUGGACCUGGUGCAGCGAGGCUUCUACGGCAUUCUUCUCAAAGCCGUGAUGAAGGCAAAGGCGAUGAACCUUGGGCAGCUUUUCGAAAAGGAGGGCGCGUUGAUGGAUUGGCUGGCCAAGGUGCCGAACGUUCCCCUUGGCCCAUACUGCUUCUUGGAUGCCCUAUACCGGUAUCUAGAGGUAGACGACCAAGACCCCGAUCAGGACGACAAGAGGACGCAGGCCACGUAUGACCUGCUCAAGCCGAUUCGCAUUGCCACUGAAUCGUCUCUGAGUCUGGACUGGCCCAUGUACUACACAAAGCAUAUGGGGCGGAAGUACUUUUGCUCAUCCUGCGGAUAUGAGACUUUUCGGGAAUUUUUUCCCAACCGCGCCAGUUGCCUCCCCCGGUUCAGGCGAACUUGCUGCGCCUGCGAACUGCAGGCGGCUCUCGACGAGGAGAAAGACCAUGCCAAGGCCUGGAAGUUGGACAUGCUGGACGUCAUAUGCCCCCUGUGGCAGCGGCGAGAGUUCAACAUGGACGCACCUCUGUACGGCAACGGCGCGGGCCUGAUCUGUCUCAAAUCCACCGAGACGGAUCGCGAAAGGCAUCUUGCCCCUCAACUUCAAGAGCUGCCCCUGAUUCGAGACAAUAAGCGUCAUUUUGAUUCACUAGUUGGUCUCCCCAGCCUCGGAGAUGUCACAAAGGGCUUUAUAAUGGCUCCCCUGUGGCAGGAUGCCGUCGCCCUCGGAUUCCGCUACGACCUUCAACGCCGAGGCAUUUUGGAACUGCGGCAUCGCUAUUACCGCCAGUGGAAGGGGGUUCCAGCUUUCUCCUCUUCGCGAGAGGAUGGCGGAGCGCCAGAUCACGAGGACGAACUGCAGCCCGUAAACGUAAACCGGAAUUUGUCGUUUUUUGACCAUCAGAAGGCCCUGGAUGUGGCCAAUCGCAUGAGGCUGAGUGGUUGGUGA